AGGCAACAAGACGGCUCCAAGUCCAACGAGCCAAACCCUAAAAAACUAAAAUUCCCCAAACUCUGUCGCCGUCGCCAUGGACCGCGAUGCGGGCGGCGGCGGCGACCCUGCUACCGGAGGACCAGCUGAAUUCCCUGGCGAGGCCAAGAUAACCCUGCGACCUGAUUUCCUCCUCUUACAAGCGGCCCCCUUACAAGCAGCUGCCAGAAAAUCUAAAAGAUAUGCUAUUCAGCAAAGUAUUCUCUACAAAGAGCACAAAAGGCAAUCUAGACAUCAACUAAGAGGAGCACAGCCAUCAACCUCCCAAAAACCUAGGCAUGCAGAAGCUGGAAGUAAGACUCAUGUUCGUCAAAGUGUUCUCUAUUCAGAGCGUAAAAGGCAACCUAGACAUGAACGAGGAGGAACACAACCACCAACCUUACUGACUGCGAGUGAGCAUGAUUCUACAACUGUGGAGCCAUCAAGACUUAAGGAAGCUUCACCAUCACUGUCAGAUGAACUACGUGAACUUGAGGAAUACCGCAAGACGCAUACCUUUAGCAGCUUUGAAGAUGCGAUUCAUUAUGUUCUUUCUGUUCAUCCUCGUACUUUGUCUGGGCUUCCAGUAACUGAGGAUGACCACCAUGAUGGUGAAGCUUUUGAGCUUACAACACCAGCUCAAUCAGUCCCAGUACAAGUACCAACUUCUGAAGCUUCCGUGGACGUAGUUCAGAACGGAAAUAAAUGGAUGGGCGAGGAAGUUAUGACGGCAUUCGAGAAAUAUGUAGAGGAAAGGGAUUAUCUUAAGGGCAUUGAGUACAAAUUGGAUGAACUUUGUCAUCAAUGCCUCAAUGUGAAAAACUACAAUCAUAUCUUUCACCACUUCAACUUCAGUGUGAAGACUAAGACCCCAGGUUCUACUGAUUGGACAUCGGAGUUAUAUUUUGCUGAGGUUAAAACAAUGUUCAGACAGAAAGUUUAUUUCUGCUGGCCCUUGGAGCCGAAUGAAAACGGUCAUUGCAAUGCAUGCAAGAAUCAAGGGAUGGAUGACCUGAAACAUCCUGUGAUAGGUGCAUUUGAUAGAGGUGACAACGAUACAAUGUUUCCCUAUAUGUACAUCGGUGAUGAUACAGCAUGUCCUUAUUUCUGGUUGAGUGAGUCUGAUGAUGAGUUUCCAAAUAGAGUUUUGGAUGAUUCAGAUGACGAUGAUAUAAUUUAGUGAUUAUUAGUUUUGAUGAAAUUAAUGGGUCAUAAAACUUGUAACUUGUGACUCUAUGUUAUGGUUGUGAACAGGGUUAGAUUCUAGUGCUCUUAAAGUAUUAUUUUAUAAUGCAUUAUGUAACACUGGAUUGAAUUUUUAGUAUCUUUAUGUUUCUCUCUGUUAUUGAUCGACACAAAGCUUCAUGUUUAUUGUGGUUGUGGGUUGUCAUAUUUA